AUGCCCAACGGUCGCAGCGUCUCCCCAUGUUCUGGGUUGGCAGACAGAUCGGAUUCACAGAGCCGAAACCCCUUGCCUGCCUUCGGAACUCGGAAUGAAUUGUCCAACUCCAUGUUUUCCUGGGGUUCUCCAGAUAUAUCACCAACGGAUCAGCGCAAUAAACCAGCAGGGUUUAGUGGUCACAGAAAAGCAUUAGCUGUGCUAGGAGCUGAUGACCCGUGCCCUCCACUUUCGGUCUCCCGACUCCCACCGCACUUGAACCCAAACCAAACAGAUUACUUUCAGCAGGAGCCGGAUAAUUCAUCAGCUUCGUCCCCGAAGAUUGCGCCCACAGAUAGUCCAGGAACAUUCUUGCAUGAUUAUUCCGAGCAAGAGGCAUCACCGGCUUCCGCAACGUUCCGUCCGGGAACAGGGCGGACAUACGCGAGUGAGCCGCUGGAGUUAGAGUACACUGGGGAUGAUCGAAGAAGGCCCUCUGUUGCUAGUGCCACCACCGUCAGCAGUCAAGGGUCGAAAUCCAGCACAGGUGCUCGAUUUCGGAAAAGACUGCAGGGGUUCUUUGGCGAUGAGUAUACUGGCGAUCCUAGACAGGAUUCAGAUAGCAACUCUCAAAAGCCUGCAGCUAAACCAGUGCGCGUCACUCAAACUAGAGCCCGCGAAAGAGCGAACUCCGAUGGCGCGCGAAAUUUAUCAGACCGGCCCAAUGCCGAAACUUUCUCACAGGAUGAGCUUAGGUCGGAAAGCCAGUUUCGCUCUAGUGAAAUUACCCCAUGGGAGUACCAGAAUUUCAAAGACGUUUUUACCUAUGGAGAAGCUCCGGUUCGUGAUGUCCCCAUAGGGCAAGACAGCAACAUUACUGCCGGGAAUAAUGCAUCAAGCGCACACCGGGAUCAUGCUCGCCGGUACCUCGGUAGCCAUCAUCGACACUCAAGAAGUAAAGAAGAAAAGCCAACAGUUGCUGGUGACCUGGCUGGAUACCCGACCCGUCCAGCCACGGGACGUGAUGAUAGUUCUCUUGGACUACGCUCUUCCAGGGAAGGUAGCUUAAAUUACCCUUCAGCUAUGGCUUCGUCAAGUACUCCAGUUGGACGCUCUACCAGUCCCACGCCCAGUGUUCAAAGCGCCUCUGCUUGGGAGCAAGGCCAUAAUUCUCCCGGGCCAGCCCCGAAUAGACGAACUCUUUUCGACAAAAUUCGUCGGCCGAGGGGUCCAUUCAGGGGCUUGCAAGACGCGUCUAAAAGUUCUCUCAAGUUGCCACGAAAACUUUCUCCUGCUCGGCGAGGACGGCAGGGAAGCCUGGACGGUACUUCCACCUCUAGGCACGGGGAACCAGGAGAGUCUGACCGGAAAAGAGAUGCAAAGGGCCUGGCAAUUGGCUCCGCGAAACUACGGGGCCGCCGCGGUGCCGAAACACCUGGACAUACAGAUGAACAGCGCGUUUAUCAGCUUGAUACGGACCUCUCACAUAUGGAAGGCAUCGUCAAGCAACGUUCUCCAGCACCCUUGAGUGAUAAGAAUAAAACUGACGGAGCAUCGACUGAACACAGUGGCAUACCAGAUGGCCUGGGCCCUGGAAAUUGGGAUGCCCCAGAGAGUUGGCAUGUCAAGAAACAGUGGGAUGAUAACACUGCAUUACUGCCCGGCGGAGGGGAGGGUCCCCUUCGCACUACGUCUGAACCUGCUGGGGUUCCGUUUUUCAUUCGAGUUUUUCGUAUCGAUUCUACUUUCGCUACACUAUCAACUGGUUUAAAUGCCACUGUUGCCGAUAUUUUGCUCAUCUUGGGCCGUAAAUCCUUCCUUACGGAGGACCUCAACAAUUAUGACAUAGUGAUGCGGAAAAAUGACCUCUCUAGGCAACUGGAUCCCAAUGAGAAACCAAUUCUUAUGCAAAAGCUGAUGCUUGAACAUGUGGGUUACACCCCAAAAGACAGGAUAGAAGAAGUUGGGCGGGAGGACCAUAGCUACCUCAUACGCUUUACAUUUCUGCCCACCAAAUUCAGCGGCCUUAGCAGUCUCCAAGCUGGAGCUGAGUCUUUUGUCAACAAAACGCAAAAACUUACCACUGUGGAUCUCCAAAGCCGAAACCUUGUGACAAUCCCCAUCAGCCUUUACAAAAGGUCGUCCGAUAUCAUAACUCUCAACCUAUCACGGAAUUUAGCCUUGGAUGUGCCCAAAGAUUUCAUUCAGGGCUGCAUAAAUCUUCGAGAGAUCAUAUUCAAAGGCAAUGAGGCCGUUCGCUUGCCUUCGAGCUUCUGCCUUGCAAGUCGGUUAACCCUGUUGGAUGUGUCAAAUAAUCACCUGGAAGAGCUGGACCAUGCAAAUCUUGACAAGAUUCAAGGUCUUGUCUGCAUGAGGCUGAACAACAACAGGAUAACUUCUCUGCCCAGCUACUUUGGAGCCUUUCAAUAUCUGAGAACACUCAGUCUGGCGUGUAACAACCUCCAGAAGUUCCCUGAAUUUCUCUGCAAUUUGAAGAGCUUGGUGGAUCUCGACAUUAGUUUUAACAAUAUCGCCGAGCUCCCGGAUAUCAGUUGCUUAUCAUCCCUCGAGCGGAUUUGGGCAACCAACAACGUCCUGAGAGGGCCGCUGGGUGAGGUAUUCAAGAGUCUCGUGAAUUUGAAAGAAUUUGAUGCAAGAUUCAACGAAAUCACGAGUAUCGAUAAUUUGUCCAUGCUACCACGUUUGGAACAAUUGUCAGUCGGCCACAAUUCUAUUUCGAGGUUCAGAGGCUCAUUCCCAAAAUUGCGGAUUUUGAACAUUGACCAUUGUCCUAUGACACUAUUCGAUAUCGAUGCACCCAUGCCAACAUUAACGUCGCUCAACAUAGGCUCAGCCAAACUAGUUCAACUGCGGGAUUCCUUGUUUGAGAACCUAUCCAACCUGACGAAACUCAUACUCGAUAAGAACCACUUUGUGUCUAUGUCACCUUAUAUUGGUAGACUUCGCAAGCUCGAGUACCUUAGUAUUAUCAAGAAUCCGCUUGCUGCACUUCCCGCCACAAUCGGGUGUUUGACGGAGCUAAGAUAUCUCAAUCUGAGGGAGUGCAAUCUCAGACGACUCCCUCCAGAAAUCUGGCAUUGUUUAAAACUAGAGACUCUCAACGUCUCAUCGAAUGUGCUAGAUGCUUUCCCGAAAUAUACCAACCCCCAACCCCCAACGCUCAAUGACCUCGUUAGUUCUUCUGCCGCGACUCCGGGAAUGGCGGCAACACCAAUUUACGAAGACGUAGGUCUACUUGAAGACAGCGAGGCCCGCAGACCUAGUCAAGCUUCAACUGCUCUUAGCACUGGGAGUUCUCCGAACGGUACAAGCUACCGGAAGCCUUCGGUCGCGUCUUCUUUAAGCCAAGGAGGAAGAAAAGUGUCUACGACCUCGCGCACGUACACCGACGGAAGUCCGGCUUCCAGAAAGGAUUCCAAUCUUUCGCAAAUUUCUUCCUCAACGUUCGUCGGAUCGCUCAAAAACCUCUAUCUGGCGGACAAUAGACUGGAGGAUGAUGUAUUCCGCGAGUUAUCGCUAAUUCCAGACUUGCGUGUGGUCAAUCUCUCGUAUAACGAAUUGACCGAACUACCGCAGGGGCUACUGAGACGUUGGCCCUUGCUGGCUGAAUUGUACCUCUCGGGCAAUGAGCUGACGUCCCUUCCUUCAGAUGAUCUUGAAGAAUCGAGCAACCUGCAAAUUCUCAACAUCAAUGCCAACCGGUUUCAGGUGCUACCUGCAGAACUGUGUAAGGUCAGCAGGCUUGCUAUUUUGGAUGUCGGUAGCAAUUCCCUGAAGUACAACGUCACCAAUUGGCCCUAUGACUGGAAUUGGAACUGGAAUCGAAAUCUCAAAUACCUUAACUUUUCUGGUAAUAAGCGACUGGAGAUCAAGCCUACUUUUUCUUCCAUGGGCAACUCGAGCGGUGCGCACUUGACCGACUUCAACUCGCUUAGCCAUUUGCGGGUUUUAGGUCUAAUGGACGUCACCCUCACGAGGCCUACUAUUCCUGAGGAACAUGAAGAUCGACGUGUAAGAACGUCGGCAUCCCUAGCCGGCUCAUCUUUGUAUGGUAUGGCGGAUUUUCUCGGUAAAGACGACCAUCUCUCUAUCAUUGACAUGGUCAUACCGCGUAUGAGAACCGACAACCAGGAGACAGUCAUAGGCUUAUUUGAUGGACAAUUCAAUUAUGCAGAGGGCUCCAAGAUUGCAAAAUAUCUGCAUGAGAAUUUUGCCAAUGUCUUCAGCAAGGAACUGAAAAGAGUGCGCCUCACCGAGCAGGAAACGCCACUAGAUGCUUUACGACGCACAUUCCUGACUCUGAAUAGAAACAUCGCCUAUGCUUGCUACAAGUCUAUGGAUGACGAGGUUGUCCGGCAGUAUCAAGAUGACUCAUCCGAUGCAAAGAAGAUGCGGCUUAAUAAAAACGACAUUAGGACCGGUGGAGUUGCAACUGUACUGGUUAUUUACGAAAUGCACCUCUAUGUUGCCAAUAUUGGAGACGCACAAGCGAUACUUAUCAAGUCGGAUGGCUCGCUUAAACACUUGACAAAAGUUCAUGAUCCUACCGAGGCCCACGAAAGGACCAGAAUCAGAGCGGCUGGAGGUUAUAUAAAUCGCAACGGGAAGCUCAACGAGGAUAUUCCCGUGUCAAGGUGCUUCGGGUUUUUCCCUGAUAUGCCUGCGGUCAUUGCAGCUCCUCAUACGUUGUAUGUCAACCUCACUGAGCAGGACGAGAUGGUAGUUCUGGCGUCGAAGGAAUUAUGGGACUACGUAACGCCGGAUGUCGUCGUGGAUGUGACUAGAGCUGAACGAAGAGACUUAAUGUUAGCGGCUCAAAAAUUACGAGAUCUCGCUAUUUCAUUUGGAGCCCAUAACAAGCUCAUGGUAAUGGUUCUAGGCGUGGGUGAGAUCAAGAAGAAGAGCAACAGACAUUAUCGUCCAAGCGUCUCUCUGGGCGAGGAACAGAUCAUCCCAAGCACGAAACGUGGCAAGAAGCUGCGAGAUAUCCCUGGCGAUUCCCGGCUUGCGCGUUUUGAUUAUGUGGAUGCUCCCAUUGGGGAGUUGGCCAUCAUCUUUACAGAUAUCAAAAAGUCAACAAGUCUCUGGGAGACAUGCCCUGACGCAAUGCGCUCCGCAAUUCAGAUUCAUAAUGACAUUCUCCGUCGGCAACUGGGAAUUAUUGGUGGGUAUGAGGUGAAAACCGAGGGCGACGCUUUCAUGGUUGCAUUUUCAACAACCACGGCUGCUUUGCUCUGGUGUUUCAACUGCCAAGCCCAACUUCUUGAAGCAGAAUGGCCGACUGAGAUUCUUGAACAGCCCCAGUGCCAGGUUCAGUACGACAUGGACGAUAGCGUCAUUUUCCGGGGAUUAUCUGUUCGAAUGGGGAUACACUGGGGCGAGCCUGUUUGCGAAAAAGACCCCGUCACUAAUCGCAUGGAUUAUUUCGGCCCAAUGGUAAACCGCGCAUCGCGCAUAUCUGCUGUUGCAGAUGGUGGGCAAAUCUUCGUAUCGUCUGAUUUCAUGAGUGAUAUACAACGUAACCUGGAAGUAUUUGCCGAUAGCGAGCGCGCUAUCUCCACUGGUUCCGAAGAAAGCUAUGUGAUGGACAAUCUGGGGUAUAAUAUCCGACGCGAGCUUCAACAGUUGAACAGCCUAGGAUUCGUGAUCAAGGACCAAGGCGAGCGCAAGCUGAAAGGACUUGAGAAUCCCGAGCCGCUCUACCUUAUUUACCCACACUCUCUGGCUGGGCGCCUGACGUCCUUAGACAAGGAUGCCACCAGCGAUACUGCCCAAACAACCAUCAGCAAGCAUUCUCAGCUCGAGAUCGAGACCGAUUUGAUCUGGCGCUUGUGGGAAAUCACUCUUCGUCUGGAAAGGCUCUGUGCUGCUUUGGAGUACCCAGACGAAGCACGGCUCAAGGAGCCGAAUUCGGCGCUCUUCAAUGUGGUUAAAAAUUAUGGAGGGGAGCUCGCUGAUUCAACCGUGCUUAGCUUGGUAGAACAGCAAGUGACUCGAAUUGAGAUGACAAUAAACACACUUGCGAUUCGAAACAUGAUGCGUCCCUUCCGGCCUGGAGACCGGCUGAGGGACCACGCCGUGCCCAUUGGGGAAGUGAUGCAAGAACUGCAGACUCAGCUGGCCGAGUACAAGGCUCUCAAGGAACAGCUUGCUGGCAGCGCUACGGACAUCCCUUGCACACCUCCAAGAUACUCAAUGACCAAUAGUGGAGACAGUAGUUGGGAGUCAUCAUCCUCUCGUGAUACGGUCGAUGAGGUAUAUACUAAUAGCCCACACUCUUAG